CCUGCGCAGUCUCGCAGCUGCCCGAGCCGCAGCUUUCCUGCCCCGCUUCCUUCUCCUCGCCCUCCUGGUGCGUCGGCUCUCUGGGCCGGCGGGAUGGCGGCGCUGGGGGGCCGUCGGGGGUCUCCUCAGUCGCUGCUCCUGCCGCCGCCGCCGCCGCCGCUGCUGUUGCUGUUGCUACUGCUGACCCCGCUCGGGGUCCGAGCCGUGCCCGAGGAAGACGCCGGCAGCCGGAACAAGGAGCCCCCGGCACCUCCUCAACAGCUGCAGCCGCAGCCGGCAGAGGCUCAGGGGCCCGAGGCGGCCCGCGCCGAGAAAGGACCUAUACCAGCUUCCCCAAUUCAUAUCAAUAAUGAGGAUCCUGCUGGCCAGACUAAUUUGGGAUUUAUCCAUGCAUUUGUGGCUGCCAUAUCAGUUAUUAUUGUUUCUGAAUUAGGGGAUAAGACAUUCUUUAUAGCUGCCAUCAUGGCAAUGCGAUAUAACCGUUUGACUGUGCUAGCAGGUGCUAUGCUGGCCCUGGGCCUAAUGACGUGUUUAUCUGUUUUGUUUGGCUAUGCCACCACGGUUAUUCCCAGAGUAUACACAUAUUAUGUGUCAACUGCAUUAUUUGCAAUUUUUGGUAUCAGAAUGCUUAGGGAAGGCUUGAAGAUGAGUCCAGAUGAGGGUCAGGAGGAAUUGGAAGAAGUUCAAGCAGAAAUAAAGAAAAAAGAUGAAGAACUUCAAAGAACCAAACUCUUAAAUGGUCCAGGAGAUAUUGAGACUGGUACAAGCACAACCAUACCUCAGAAAAAGUGGCUGCACUUUAUUUCUCCUAUUUUUGUUCAAGCUCUUACUUUAACAUUCUUAGCAGAAUGGGGUGAUCGCUCUCAACUAACUACAAUUGUUUUGGCAGCAAGAGAGGAUCCUUAUGGUGUGGCAGUAGGUGGAACAGUGGGACAUUGCUUAUGCACUGGACUGGCAGUAAUUGGAGGAAGAAUGAUAGCACAAAAAAUAUCUGUUAGGACUGUUACGAUCAUAGGAGGAAUUGUCUUCUUGGCAUUUGCCUUCUCUGCAUUAUUUAUAAGUCCAGACUAUGGUUUUUAAUAAGAGUCCUCUCCAUUUGUAUUUAGAGUAUAAGAUGGGGUGUUGCCUAUCUUUUUGUACAUAGUGUAUAUAAUAGUGACUAUGAAAAAUGCUGUAUUUUAUUUUAUAGCAUUGAUUUGUGAGUUUAGCCCACUAUAAGAUGGUAGU